AUGAUCCUUUGCGAUAGCUUCAUUAUUCACUUCCCGAUCGCGCAGGAUCAGGGUACCCUCGUUCCGGAUGCGGCGCUUGCGUUCGGUGUCACCAGGUUCCCGGUGUCGGCCAUGAUCCUCGAGAGUCGCAGCCACACAUACAAGGGGACAUUCCAUGCCGGCGACACGGCCACCCUCGACCAUCUGCACGUGUUGCAGCCGAACAUGACGCUCGACGGGGUCAGGCUGGCCCUCGACUUUGUCCAUGGCCGCGAAGUGGUUGUCCCGAUCAAGCAUAUUGUCAAGCUGACGGAGAACCCGGAAUUCGCCCCGAUUGCUCUGGAGAUGGCCGCCGUCGGGAAUUUGCACGAUGAGCACAAGCAUCGUGUCUUCUUGAAUUGUCUCGAGUCGCUGCGCUCGUUGACGAUGAACCCGUCUUUCCUGGGGCUCAAGGAGACGACGCUCAAGAAAAUGAUCGAAUUUGCUCGCACUCAUGGCUGGGGCUCCAUCCCGAACUUCUACGUGCACUGGGCUUGGAUUGUUGAUGCGGUGGCUGUCUGGGCUCAGCUGAACAUCGUCGAGGGGCAGAAGUUGAUGAUCAGCCUGCUCGUCGAGUUGCCCAUCGACGAGGUGUCGCUGAAGGAGCUGCAGAUUGUGAUGAUGACGGCCGCGCGCAGCGGCGUCCCCAAGGAGUCGCUUGCCAUCUUCCUCGACCGCAUCCGCAACCACUUCGAGACGUUCGAAACGGAGACCACCCAGCUUUGCAACACCCUCUCCGACAUGUUGAUGCCCAGCCCGCCGGCGCCGUUCAGGGACUGCCCGCUCCCGUAUUCGCCGACCCUUACCGGGUUCUCGGAUAUUAUGGAAGGCGGCUUCUUUGAGGACGAGCGCUUGUGCGGUGGCACUUCGGCUUCCGACUCGGCCAGCGAGCAGAGCGCUCGUGCCACCAACAGUUCUGGCAUCACCUCCUACGCCUUGGACAGCGCCUGCUCGGACCACACGCUCACCUUGCCCAACAGCCUCAUGGGAGAUACCAACGUUUGCGAGGCGCUGCGCUCGACCCGUGCUGGCCGGCUGAUCCCGUUUGAGUUUGAUUGCGGAGAUAUCCCGCCGAGCAGGGAUGCCGUCUGGGAGUUUGAGAUGCUGAUUGCGAAAAAGGAGGCGGACGACAAGAACACCCGCAUGGACCUCGACUUUAACAUCGACCUCUACGGCGCCGAA